UGCAGUUUUAAGAGAAAGGGACGGAAUCACUCCAGAUAUCAAAGAAAGGGAGUUCCUGGGGCCUGAGAAAGGCUGGAGGGGAAAAUGGAAGGGUAUGAAGGAAGUAAUGUUAGAACUAUGACGAGGAUAUUUGUGGGAGGACUGGGCGGGAGCGUAAUGGCAGAAGAUCUCCAGAAAACCUUCUCUUCGUUGGGGACUGUGAAGGCAGUCGACAUUGUGAGGACCAAUGGCCGCAGCUUUGCUUACAUGGACUUCAUGCCCUUUUCCGAUAAAUCUCUCGCCAAGCUCUUUAGUACGGCAGUAUAAUGGGUGUAUCUGGAAGGGAGGGAGGCUGAGACUUGAGAAAGCUAAAGAGCAUUAUCUUGUUCGUUUGCAACGAGAAUGGGCAGAGGCUGCUGAGCUCUCAAGUUGUGUACCAAAUAAUAACAUUGAUGAAGAUAACAACAUGGGCUCAUCAAGGAAGCCAAAGAAGCUCCUGACACCAGAGAAAAUGCAGCUUCGUAUUUUCUUUCCUAGAUUGCAAAAGGUUAAAUCAUUGCCUUAUGGUGGAACUGGCAAGCACAAGUACAGUUUCCAACGUGUUGAUGUUCCUUCUCUGCCAAUUCACUUUUGUGACUGUGAGGAACAUCUUAAUGCUUCUGAAAUUACAAAUGGAAACCGUGGUACUCUUGAACCUGAAAGUGGAGUUAUAGGCAAGGAAGAGUUGAAUAUGAUGACUUUGGUUAUGAACAAGCUUUUCAAGAGGGAGUAUAAUCUCAAUUGUACAACUGAAAAUAGCGUGAACAGAUUGGGUAAUGGAGCCAAUUCUGAUCAACUGGUUGAUGAUGUGGCAUUUAAUGGAAGUGAAGCAGAUGAAGAAACAGAUGUAGAUAACCUUGUGAUGAACAUGGUAACUAGCAGAAAUGAUGGAAUAGGCUUGACUGCAAGUCGGACAAAGAGAACUCCUUUAACUGAGCUGGGAUCAAAAGUUAGACAAUCCCAAGCUUCUAAAAAUGAGCCAACCCAGAAAGCAUUCAAACCUCGGAAAUUGAAAAGGAAGAAUGGUGGACAUGAUGAUUCAGAUCUAACUACAAAUAAGAAAUCACAUUUACUUCCAGAAGACGAGAGUCAUCAAGAUGAUUUUGCAUCCAUCAGAACUGAAAAGAAAGGUCACUCUAGAACCUAUUCUGAAGAGGCUGAACGCCUUACUGAAGCUCAGUCUGUCAAGCUACUUGAAUCUGCAUUUAAUAAAUCUGCAGAGGAAGUUAACUCAGAAACUCGUUCAACUGAGCCAGGGGCUGUUGCUGAAAAUCAGUCUAGCAAGCCAAAUACACAGUCAACCAGAGGUCUUUCAUGGGUACAGAAGUCCUCAUGGAGAGAACUGGUAGGUGAGAUGGGCAACAGUUCAUUCAGCAUUUCACACAUUUUGCCAGCAAUUCCUUCCAUCAUACAAGAACCAAAAAAGCCAGAUGGCAUGAGCACUUCUCACUUCACUGAGAUCAGACACCAAAGUACCGUAGAUCAGGCAAGAAACAAAUAUACUGGGGACAGUUCUAAAGCUUCAGGAAUUGGGAAGGAUGGAAUUCCCAAGGACAAGGUUACAGCUCCCGGUGGCUCCUCUAUGAUGCCUUCGAGUGAAAAAGAGGUGACAAUCUCCAGUUUGGAAGCAGUCCAAAGUGCUUCAGAGAAAAACAAGCAGAUUGUCAAAGAUGAAAAUAAUAAUACCAAAACUUCAGAAAAGAAAUCCAAUUGGAUACCAAAGAAAAGAUCUUUAGGAGAGGCUGGCAUUGCCGAAUUUUGCACCUUCAUGAAGAGUGCUGUUUCAGAAAAGGAGUGGAUGAAAACUAGAGCUGCUCUUAGCGGGUCCUUAAAGAAGAAUGGUCAGAAGUAAUAGGAUUCCUCCAAACGUGUCUAAAAGUUGAGAAGUGGUGGCACAGUGCUGACUGAGAGAAUUGAGAAGGAAAUUACAUUCAAUCAAAAUUAUGUCCCAUUAUUUGUUAUUCUUGAACACCAAUUUUAAAAAUUCGAGUAAUGUCACAAAGAAAUCCAGUUCUGCUAUCUAGGUUUUCAUAAAUUUCCAUUAUCUAGGUUAGCCAACUUACAACUGUGCAUUAUUGUUUAACCGGAAAGUUAAUUUUUCCAGGCUGUUUCACUCCUUUGAGAU